ACCAAUCAUCAACACAUUACAGUUCUUAUGUCACAGUUGACGCAUCGACCAUCCAGGAAGGUGUUUCACAGUUACCAUAACUCACGGAGAACAGAGCUAUGUCAAGCGAUUACACUUGAAUGGCCUACUACAGCGAUCGCGUCAGGCCCUUCAGGGCGGCAGAGGCGUGUCAGGUCCUUAACUCCCCGGAUCUGACGCGCGUGAUCCGCACUGCUCCACGGGCCGUUAGAGGGGGUCAAGUCUAUGUGUAUUGCAUAGAAGAGGGAACGGAUCCAGAUGGAUGGAAGGAUGACAACAUACACUUCCAACAUGAUGGAACCAGCAAGCAGCCCAAAAACAAACCUACAAUCAAGAAAACAUUUUUCCAAGCAAAAUUUAGUGACACAGACUUUUCACGAGAGUUCAUGAAGCAUGUUUAUGUCUUGUAUCCCCGUCCCAAUCAGUUUGUGUUGAUACACUAUCUAGGCAAUGAAUCCAUUGCCAAGGAGCCACAGUGGCCCAGAAGAGCCAGCAAGUCUACUCCAGCCAGACAGCGCCAUACUUACUCCUCCGGGUGUGACCCAUGCUCAGGGACAUCACAGUCAGUUCAUGUAGAUGCUGGCGAUGGCCAUAGCUCUUCGGACAUGACUGUGGGUGAAGAUGAUGAAUGUCCUGUUCCACCAAAGAGACAAAAACUGCAAAUGAAACGUGCUGAAUUGAAACGUAAAGUUGAAACUAUCCUUGCAGAUAUUGACAAUCCUGCACUUUGGGAGGGGGACACAGAUUUAAGAAAUAUAGGCACACAGAGCAGCAGAAGUGUCACAGACCAGAUAGAAGAUCUGGUCACCACUGGGCAGUUUGCCUCCAUUGUGGAUGGACUCCUGUGUGAUAUAAGUUGGCAGGUGCGACGAGGUGUGAGCUCUAGAACCAACCCAUGUAUGUCUCUCACAGAACAGGUCAGGCGGUUGUGGCCAACAGAUGUCAGUGAAGUACAAGCCAGGCUGCAACACUUGGAUGUAGUGUGCCUGCAUCAGUUUGAUGAGCUCCAGCAGGAGACUCUGAUGGUGCUUCUGUCAGCUAUAGUUGUAGGGGCAUACAGAACAGACACGCCAACCCUCAGCUUCAUGUCCACCUUACAGCAAUGGCCCAGACACCUGGGGCAGGCUGAGAUUGAAGACGUGGAGGUGGAUGUCACAGCCAGAUACAGGAUCGGGAACAUGACCAUAGGAGGCAGCAGUCUUGCUACACUGCAGGGGAGGACAUGGCUGGAUGACAAUGUGAUAGAGUGUUACUUACGCCUGCUGUGUGAGGAAUGUCUGUUGCGGCGCCACUGCUACGUGUUACCCUGCCAGCUGGCCAUACUAUGGGAGAGGGAACAGUACAGCCAGUGGAUCUAUAAGGACGUGGAUAUGAGGGUAUUCACGUGGCUGCUGAUGCCAGUGUGUGUUGCAGACAGUCACUGGGUGCUUCUUGCAGCCAAUGUCAGAGACAGGACAGUAGGUGUCAUCAACUCUAGACAGUCAGACCAGACAUCCAAGCUUAUUUCACACUGGAGACAGUACAUGGCAGUGAGGAGUGAACUGACAGGCCAAGCAUUGCAAACAUGGAGUGACAUGCUAUACAAGACACUUCCUCAGACAGACAGUGAUAGCUGUGGAGUCCAUGUUCUGAUGGCUGCUGAAACACUCCUUAAAGGCCAGCCUCCAUGUGUGAUGCGGAACUGUCACACCAAGAGAUUCCGCUGCUACGCCCUCCACAGACUACUGUCUAAUGGCCACAUGGAACAUCAACCUGUCAACACAGGGGGUACAGACUCCCCACAGAUUGUCGGUGUGGUUCCUCCGCCGAUGGAAGAUAGUGAAUGUACUUCCAACACACAGUCUGGUCAGGCAGCAGCAUCAACAGCAUCCAUCCCGCUGCUGGCCACCUGUCGCCACCUCUACAGCAACAACAAGGUUUUAUUUGCUGCUCUCCUGCUGCUGGCCAUGCAAGGUGGGAAGAUGGAGGCCCAGCUCUGGAACUUUCCUAAGAGGAGACAGUAUGAAAAGGGAGACAGGAGGAGAUGGAUCCAGUGGGACUGGGCACUACAGAUAAGUGGAGUGGAGGACCUCUCAAUGGCUUACUGUUACAAUGACAUCAGUCACUGCAGGGACAUAUUACAAUGUAAAGUACUUAUGUGUUGUCUGUAUGUCCAGUGUAAGCAGGGACUGUUUCAGGCAUUAAAUGCCAUACUCUGUGAACGAACAGAACACAUUAUCAAAACAUUACCAUUGCAGUUCAUCUAUCACUAUGUCUUUGUUCAGCAACCUGACUCUGUCAAUAAGCUGCAUGUGUUGAUUAGUCCAUGUCACUAUCAGCUGCUCGCUGGGAGAUUUGCUGCAGCAGUGGUCGACCAGAGAUACGCCUGUGUGUUCAGUCACCCAGCAUGUAAUGAUCCCGAGUUUGUCCAGCAUCUUGCUGCAGGUGUGAAAGGUCUGACACCAGAUGACAGACAUGUUCUAUACAGCUCCACCGACUCUGUUGUUGGAGGGUCUUUUCUGUCCUGCCUGUGCUCAUCCCGAGAAAGAUUCCUCUAUGACAGUUUCUGUGCAAAAGGCCUCUCUCUACAGGACUGUACAAUGGAAGAGAAAGUCAAGGUAGCCCUGGUAUGCUGUCAGUCCGGGAAUGUUGGGAUACUGGAACAGCUGGUAUGUGAUGAGAAUGUGAAUGGACAAGUGACUACAUUCCACGGUCUUCAUAAAGCAUGUGAGAGAGGGAGUGAGGCAGUGGUGAGAUUACUACUGGACAAGAAUGCUGAUGUAUCAGUGACUGAUGAUGAUGGGUCUACACCUCUUCAUAAAGCAUGUGGGAGAGGGAGUGAGGCAGUGGUGAGAUUACUACUGGACAAGAAUGCUGAUGUAUCAGUGACUAACAAACUGUGGGGGUAUACACCUCUUCAUAAAGCAUGUGAGAGAGGGAGUGAGGCAGUGGUGAGAUUACUACUGGACAAGAAUGCUGAUGUAUCAGUGACUGAUGAUCAUGGGUCUACACCUCUUCAAGAAGCAUGUGAGAGGGGGAGUGAGGCAGUGGUGAGAUUACUACUGGACAAGAAUGUUAAUGUAUCAGUGACUAACAAACUGUGGGGGUAUACACCUCUUUAUAAAGCAUGUGAGAGUGGGAGUGAGGCAGUGGUGAGAUUACUACUGGACAAGAAUGCUGAUGUAUCAGUGACUGAUAAUAAUGGGUCUACACCUCUUCAUGACGCAUGUGAGAGAGGGAGUGAGGCAGUGGUGAGAUUACUACUGGACAAGAAUGCUGAUGUAUCAGUGACUGAUGAUCAUGGGUCUACACCUCUUCAUGACGCAUGUGAGAGUGGGAGUGAGGCAGUGGUGAGAUUACUACUGGACAAGAAUGCUGAUGUAUCAGUGACUGAUAAUAAUGGGUCUACACCUCUUUAUAAAGCAUGUGAGAGAGGGAGUGAGGCAGUGGUGAGAUUACUACUGGACAAGAAUGCUGAUGUAUCGGUGAGAUUACUACUGGACAAGAAUGCUGAUGUAUCAGUGACUGAUAAUAAUGGGUCUACACCUCUUUAUAAAGCAUGUGAGAGAGGGAGUGAGGCAGUGGUGAGAUUACUACUGGACAAGAAUGCUGAUGUAUCAGUGACUGACAGGUUGGGGUCUACACCUCUUCAUGACGCAUGUGAGAGUGGGAGUGAGGCAGUGGUGAGAUUACUACUGGACAAGAAUGCUGAUGUAUCAGUGACUGAUAAUAAUGGGUCUACACCUCUUUAUAAAGCAUGUGAGAGAGGGAGUGAGGCAGUGGUGAGAUUACUACUGGACAAGAAUGCUGAUGUAUCAGUGACUGAUAAUAAUGGGUCUACACCUCUUUAUAAAGCAUGUGAGAGAGGGAGUGAGGCAGUGGUGAGAUUACUACUGGACAAGAAUGCUGAUGUAUCAGUGACUGAUAAUAAUGGGUCUACACCUCUUCAUGAAGCAUGUGAGAGAGGGAAUGAGGCAGUGGUGAGAUUACUACUGGACAAGAAUGCUGAUGUAUCAGUGACUGAUAAUAAUGGGUCUACACCUCUUUAUAAAGCAUGUGAGAGAGGGAGUGAGGCAGUGGUGAGAUUACUACUGGACAAGAAUGCUGAUGUAUCAGUGACUAACAAACUGUGGGGGUAUACACCUCUUCAUAAAGCAUGUGGGAGAGGGAGUGAGGCAGUGGUGAGAUUACUACUGGACAAGAAUGCUGAUGUAUCGGUGACUAACAAACUGUGGGGGUAUACACCUCUUCAUGAAGCAUGUGAGAGUGGGAGUGAGGCAGUGGUGAGAUUACUACUGGACAAGAAUGCUGAUGUAUCAGUGACUGAUAAUAAUGGGUCUACACCUCUUUAUAAAGCAUGUGAGAGAGGGAGUGAGGCAGUGGUGAGAUUACUACUGGACAAGAAUGCUGAUGUAUCAGUGACUGAUAAUAAUGGGUCUACACCUCUUUAUAAAGCAUGUGAGAGAGGGAGUGAGGCAGUGGUGAGAUUACUACUGGACAAGAAUGCUGAUGUAUCAGUGACUGAUAAUAAUGGGUCUACACCUCUUUAUAAAGCAUGUGAGAGUGGGAGUGAGGCAGUGGUGAGAUUACUACUGGACAAGAAUGCUGAUGUAUCAGUGACUGAUAAUAAUGGGUCUACACCUCUUUAUAAAGCAUGUGGGAGAGGGAGUGAGGCAGUGGUGAGAUUACUACUGGACAAGAAUGCUGAUGUAUCAGUGACUAACAAACUGUGGGGGUAUACACCUCUUCAUAAAGCAUGUGAGAGUGGGAGUGAGGCAGUGGUGAGAUUACUACUGGACAAGAAUGCUGAUGUAUCAGUGACUGAUAAUAAUGGGUCUACACCUCUUUAUAAAGCAUGUGAGAGAGGGAGUGAGGCAGUGGUGAGAUUACUACUGGACAAGAAUGCUGAUGUAUCAGUGACUGACAGGUUGGGGUCUACACCUCUUCAUGGCGCAUGUGAGAGUGGGAGUGAGGCAGUGGUGAGAUUACUACUGGACAAGAAUGCUGAUGUAUCAGUGACUGAUAAUAAUGGGUCUACACCUCUUCAUAAAGCAUGUGAGAGUGGGUGUGAGAGAGGGAGUGAGGCAGUGGUGAGAUUACUACUGGACAAGAAUGCUAUUGUAUCAGUGACUGAUGAUGAUGGGUCUACACCUCUUUAUAAAGCAUGUGAGAGUGGGAGUGAGGCAGUGGUGAGAUUACUACUGGACACGAAUGCUGAUGUAUCAGUGACUGACAUGUAUGAGUCUACACCUCUUCAUGAAGCAUGUGAGAGUGGGAUUGAGGCAGUGGUGAGAUUACUACUGGACAAGAAUGCUGAUGUAUCAGUGACUGACAGGUUGGGGUCUACACCUCUUCAUGACGCAUGUGAGAGUGGGAGUGAGGCAGUGGUGAGAUUACUACUGGACAAGAAUGCUGAUGUAUCAGUGACUGAUAAUAAUGGGUCUACACCUCUUUAUAAAGCAUGUGAGAGAGGGAGUGAGGCAGUGGUGAGAUUACUACUGGACAAGAAUGCUGAUGUAUCAGUGACUGAUGAUGAUGGGUCUACACCUCUUUAUAAAGCAUGUGAGAGUGGGAGUGAGGCAGUGGUGAGAUUACUACUGGACAAGAAUGCUGAUGUAUCAGUGACUGAUAAUAAUGGGUCUACACCUCUUCAUAAAGCAUGUGAGAGAGGGAGUGAGGCAGUGGUGAGAUUACUACUGGACAAGAAUGCUGAUGUAUCAGUGACUGAUGAUGAUGGGUCUACACCUCUUUAUAAAGCAUGUGAGAGUGGGAGUGAGGCAGUGGUGAGAUUACUACUGGACAAGAAUGCUGAUGUAUCAGUGACUGACAUGUAUGAGUCUACACCUCUUCAUGAAGCAUGUGAGAGUGGGAGUGAGGCAGUGGUGAGAUUACUACUGGACAAGAAUGCUGAUGUAUCAGUGACUGAUAAUAAUGGGUCUACACCUCUUCAUAAAGCAUGUGAGAGAGGGAGUGAGGCAGUGGUGAGAUUACUACUGGACAAGAAUGCUGAUGUAUCAGUGACUGAUAAUAAUGGGUCUACACCUCUUCAUGACGCAUGUGAGAGUGGGAUUGAGGCAGUGGUGAGAUUACUCCUGGAGUGUGGUGCAGAUCCAUCUGCACGUGACAACAUGGGCAAGACACCAGAGAGUAGAACCUGGUCUUCUGCUGUAAGGAACAUUCUGUCCACGGAAAGAAGACGGCGAGGUGUAAGUGUGGAUGCUCCUGGAUGGUGUGAUACCCAAUCUAGUCAGCACAUAGGACCACUGACGCCUUUGUAUCAGCAACUUCACCUUUGGCCAAAGGUACAACAGUCUGAUAUAAACACUUGGAGUAGCAAUUGCCUGUCAAGUACUCAGAUGAUGGCACAGCCAGGUGGUUCACAGCUCAUGACACACCCAGGUGGACCUCAACUCAUGCCACAGCCAGGUGGUUCACAGCUCAUGCCACAGCCAGGUGGUUCACAGCUCAUGACACAGCCAGGUGGUUCACAGCUCAUGACACAGUCAGGUGGUUCACAGCUCAUGACACACCCAGGUGGACCUCAACUCAUGACACAGCCAGGUGGUUCACAGCUCAUGACACACCCAGGUGGACCUCAACUCAUGCCACAGCCAGGUGGUUCACAGCUCAUGCCACAGCCAGGUGGUUCACUGCUCAUGACACACCCAGGUGGUUCACAGCUCAUGCCACAGCCAGGUGGUUCACAGCUCAUGCCACAGCCAGGUGGUUCACAGCUCAUGACACAGCCAGGUGGACCUCAACUCAUGACACAGCCAGGUGGACCUCAACUCAUGACACAGCCAGGUGGACCUCAACUCAUGACACAGCCAGGUGGUUCACAGCUCAUGACACAGCCAGGUGGUUCACAGCUCAUGUCACAGCCAGGUGGUUCACAGCUCAUGACACAGUCAGGUGGUUCACAGCUCAUGACACACCCAGGUGGACCUCAACUCAUGACACAGCCAGGUGGUUCACAGCUCAUGACGAAGACAGGUCAACACCCAUUCACAUUUUCUUCAAGCAAAUCUCAGUUUGUGCCAGAUUUUCAACUGGAUACAAAUCAAGGUUCAAAAAUUUCCUCAUCAGAUUCAUCCUGUCUUACAACCAUGUCAGACAUAGGUACACAGCCAGGCUUUUCUUCAUUGUCAGGACUACUAGUUACACCACACAGCUGGAUGUCAGCCCAAGAUGCUGCUGAGAGCAAUAUGAUGUCUUGUAAUGGCAGUGACUACAACACUGCACCAGCAGCAUCACUACCGACAAAGGGUUGAACCUGACUGCAGGACGUCUGUCUCAGGUGAUAAAGGUUUACAGGAACACAAUCUACCAAUAAUAAACAGUGCUCCUUUCACGACAUGUCAGAAUAUGGUUUCAAGAUUGAACAACAACCAGCAGGCUGUGUAUACUCAAGCCAAAGAGGACACUACAACUGUGACAUCCAUUGGACGUAGCACCACACUAAGCAGUUCUAAUAACCAUCCCAUGCCACAAGAACCUGUGAGCAGUAGCCCGGUGCCAAGCAUCCUCCAGGACUCUUAUGCUUCUCACCCCAUGUCAAGUAUAGCGAUGUCUCUACAAGAGCCACCACUCUUAUACAGUCAUACAAAUCCACAAAGCUUCCUGCUAGAAAUGGUGGUUUUAAGAUCCCAGUUCAAAGAGUCAUGAAGUGAAUGCUAUUUCCUGUGCCAGACAUCUUCUAAGAUUGAUUAGCUUCCUGUCCUCAGUCAAAAAAUGUUUAAAUACAAGGUCUGUCAAAUCUGUCAUUCCCUAUCAAGAGAAUGGUCAUAAAGCAUAUUUAUAAACAUGAUACAAAACUUUACAAAAAAUGUCUCACCUACAAAGGAUGUGGUCUAAAUACUAUGUUGCUAAAAUACAAAAUUUCAAAACAUUAUUGUUGUGUUUGUGAGAGUGCACAGAGUAGUAUUUUACAACUGUCUACCAUUGCCGAACUGUAACCGAGGCAGGAUCACCUGUUGACCAUCUGUAGCUAACAAUCAUCUAUUGAUCAUCUGUAGCGAACAAUCAUCUAUUGAUCAUCUGUAGCGAACAAUCAUAUCUCGAAGAAACCAGUUGCUAACAAUCAUCUCUUGAAGCCCCAGUUACCUUCCACUUGGCAACAAAAGGUAGCAUUGUCCCUUCUUAGAAACAACAGACACAGGCUUGUGUCAGUACUCUUUGUGGAAUGGAGGGUUGUCAAGGCCUUUUAACUGAAGGCAGAGCAGUCGUUGCCAAGGAUUAUUCCUGAAGGAUGUUGAGCAGCGGCCGACACCAUCAUGUGUUGGUUGUACAUAUACUGUGUUGACAUAUACUUUGUUGAUUUUGUUACAUUGACGUGUGUUGUUUGUACAUAUGUAAAGUUUGUGUUGAUUUUACAAUGUUUUUGUGAUUCACAGAUACACUCAGGUGUGUCAUUUACUUUUUAUUCAAAGCACCUGAAUUAGGAUUAUCAAAUUGUUUAUAUUGUAUUCAUGUACAUUGAUAAAAAUCUCCUCUGGCAUGAACAAGUCAGACUGCAGGAAUACAUGUACAGAGAUAUCUGAUAGAAAGUCAUUACUCUCAAAAUGGCUUCAGUGUUUGUUUGUUGAUACAUUAAUUACUCAAAACUGAGAAAUACACAUGCAAACAUAGACAAGCAGGCUUUCCGCUCACUGUUUAGUGUACAGGAGUAGCUCGCUGACUCUUGAGGUAACUUACCUAUGACGAUGUGGCAUAUAAAUCAAUGUGUUUCAAAGAAGUGUCAGUCUGAAGUAAACACUUCCGGGAUUAUAUAAGCACCUGGUCGGACAACUUGUUACUUGGUAUAUAAGACAUGGUAUAUAAGACAUUUCAAGGUGAGGUCCACAUAUUUAGCUUUUCCUGAAUUAUAUUGGGGUCCAGAGGGACAGCAAAUUCAAUAACAUACAUUGGCUUUUUUCUAGGAGGACAAGAUCAUGUUUUUGGCAGGAUUUGUUCCUAGGCUGUAUUUGGGCCUAUUUUUCCAAAGAUGUUCAUAGGCCGGCGUUCAAACCGAUACACAGAUGGUAUGUGGCCUCCUUGCCUUGUCAAAGCUGUCUUUCGAUGCAAAGCAAUGCAGUAUUCAAGUACAUUCCAUCAAGUAUCACAAAAUUGACUUACCGGUUCAUUAUGAAAUUAAGCCAUAGCAUAAAGAAGUGUUAUGAAGGCUCACGUUAAAAUGUAUGUAUGCAGGCAGCCUAUAAAACAUACA